GGAAAUAAUUCGUAUGGAUCAAUUUAUUCAUGAACUAUUACAUGAAGAAAGAGUUUGUGAUAUUUUUCUACCAAGAAUUCAGAAAAGACAAGUUUUGGAAAAGUGUAAUUAUUUAGAACCAAGAAUUAGUGCUCUGGAUGAUGAUCUUUAUGAUGUUGAAUCAGAUGACGAUAAGGACCUGAGAAGAAGCUUAACGUUAGAUAGACGUCUUCCACUUCAUUUAAAAAGAGACGAUGAUAAGAAUAAGAGAAAUCUUUCUCCACUUCGUCACAGACGUAGUCGAAGUAGGUCUCCUCACAAACGAGGGCAUUCUUCUCGAAGAAGAUCAAGAUCCAGAGAAAGACACCAGCGUCAGAGUCGUUUUCAAGAAAGAGACAGAGAGAGGGAAAAAGAUCGUGAUAAAAACAGAAGACAUCGAUCAAGAUCAACAGGACAUAAGAAAAAAUCAAGUAAACACAGUCGAAGGGAAAAAGAAAACGAUCCAGAUGAUAGAGAACGAAGAGAUUCGGGAAGAGGUGAAAGCAGAGAUGAUAAGAUUGCUGAAGCAAAUGCACUUUGUGCUAAACUUGGCUUACCUCCAUUACAACUAUAGAUUUUGUAUGUAACAUUACA